UCUAGUCUUUCAGUCAACUCAUGAUUCACAAGGGGUAGACCUGCUGGCGCUCAGAAGUGGCGGUGGAUACUUCACUGAAGUUUGUGUGAGCAUUCCGUCACUUUCCCCUCUUGAAAAAAGUUUUGGAAUAAAGUUAGGCGACACCGUGGAGUACCUGUGACCGGAUCAGUUUGGGAGAGCACAUUUAACGGGUUGUGGCGAUUUACUGAACUCCUCGGACUGCCCCCACCGGAGAUGAAGAAGAAUGAGAUCCGCGGGGAACACUUGCAGGACCACUGAUCAGGAAACGCCGAGGACAGGCGAAUGUGUGUAUCGAGCGGCAAAAAGCGCUGCGCGCGUUCAUAGAGCGCGUUUCGAUCACCAGCUCUGAUCUGCCAGAUGCUCAGUUGACACACUUUGAGGCAAUCGUCCUGACCCAGCAGCCGGGGCGCAGUGAAAGCGCUGGCCAUGUGGUGCGAGAGCGUCCCCUGCAUCGCUCUGCUCAUAUGCCCGCUGCUCUUGUCAGUGGGCAGGGUGAAGAGCAGUGGCGAGUACUGUCACGGCUGGCUAGACGCGCAGGGCAGCUGGCGCGACGGUUUCCAGUGUCCGGAGCGCUACGACGCCGAGGACGCGACCAUCUGCUGCGGCAAGUGUGCCCUCCGAUACUGCUGCUCCAGCACUGAGGCAAGGCUGGACCAGGGCACGUGCGAGAACGACAGACAAGCCCCGGAACAGGGCAAAGGGAGCCUGGACAGCAAAGAGAACACUGCAGUGCCAAUCUACGUGCCUUUUCUGAUUGUUGGCUCGGUGUUUGUGGCAUUCGUCAUCCUGGGUUCAUUGGUGGCAGCCUGCUGUUGCCGUUGUCUCCGACCUAAGCAGGAACCCCAGCAGAGUCGUGCACCUGGUGGCAAUCGCCUGAUGGAGACCAUUCCGAUGAUCCCCAGCGCCAGCACCUCCCGUGGUUCUUCCUCACGCCAGUCCAGCACAGCUGCCAGCUCCAGUUCUAGUGCCAACUCAGGAGCCCGGGGACCCAUUGUUCGAGCACAGGCCAACUGCUGCCUUCCACCUGAAGGGCCGUUGAACAAUGUGUACGUCAACAUGCCCACCAAUUUCUCUGUUCUAAACUGCCAGCAGGCUACCCAAAUUAUGCCUCACCAAGGGCAAUUCUUACACCCCCAGUAUCUGGGAUACACCGUUCAGCAUGAGGCACCAGUCGCUAUGACACCUGCCCCCCCAUUCCUAGAUGGGCUACAAGGAGGGUACCGGCCAAUACAGUCUCCCUUUCCUCCUAACAGUGCAGCCAGUGAACAAAUGAAAUACCCAGCUGUAACUGUCUAGACAUAAAAAAAAACCUGGAGAAAAGAUUUUUUUCUAUUAAAGAAAAAAAAAAAGUCUUCAUUUUUUUUUUUAAAUAAUGUCCCAGGAUAAGGAGCAGGGAGUGGAUUUAUGAACGACAGCCUUGCACGGGUGUGCCACUUCACAGCGAUUGCACAUUUCAUGUCAACAGACUUUCCAUGCUUGAAAGAGAUGGCUUGCUUACUGUGGCUCAGCGUAUUGGUACUUGGAGGCGGCUUUGGAUUUGUUAUCAUGUCAACCCAAUAGGAAACGUGGAAUGGUUCAAUUGCAACUCACCGGAGACCCACGCAGUUCAAAAUAAGGGAUGAAGUCUUUGUUGGAUAUACUUUCAAAAACAAUGUGCUAAGAGUCCCCUUUGUAUCUCCAGCAGGUGUGUGUGCACUGCUUUCUACGCAUUCACUCACAGUCCUAAUGUUUGGAGGGUGUUUAAAAAGGAACAUAGAGCAGGAUUCUAAAUACACCAGACCAGAAUAGAAUGACUCUGGAAAAUUCCUUCAUGGAGUUCACCUUGUAGAAGUGUUUGGCAUUGAAUAUUCAUAUUUGGCUGUGUCCCAUCAAGCAGUCAAGAACAGUUUAUGCAUGAAAGUGAAAGACGGCACUUCCUACACAAAAGAUGCAAUAAGUGCCUGAGUGUCUCAUGUAACAUUAGGUCAUGAAAACCGUGAAUUCACUUUGAAAGCAGUUUUUGAAAUAGACUGAUGGACCGUUAACAGAUGCAAAGAGAAAAAAUUUCCUGUAAUGCUGUCUGCGAGUUUACUAAGAGCAGCGCCCUAAAGCUUUCUAGUGGCACAGUGGUUAGUGCUGCUGCUUCACUGAGCCAGAGUCCUGGGUUCAAUUCCUGAGCUGGUAACACUGUGUUUGGAUUCUACAUGUUCUACCCAACUCUUCUUUGGGUUUCCUCUGUCUAUUUUUGGUUUCCUUCGGCGUCAAACACGUGGUUUAAGUUGACAUGUGACUGUAAUUUGGCCUUGCGUGCCAUGUGAUUGAUUGGCAUCCCCUCCAAGGUUGGUUCCAGCCUUCUGACUGGUGUUACUUAGGUAGGCUACAAUCCCCCACAACGCUGUACUAAAAUAUUGAAUAUUUUGAAAAUGAAUAAAUGGAAGACCAACUUACCAAAACUCUCAAAAUAUUAUGAGGAGCCAUUACAUUUCAGACAGCUACAUGCUUUGUGAUUGCUGAAUAUCAGCUUUAAAAGGACCCUGUUCAGGCCUACUUUAUGAGAGGCUUUGGUUCAUUUUUAUAUUUCAGGUUGGCAAGGUAUACACACCUGACCCUGAAAUGCAUUGCGUGGUAAAUGCUGGCACAUUGUUUAGUAUUUUGAAAAUUGUUUUUUAAAAUGCCUAGCAGUGAAUGUAUGUAUUGUAGAUAUUAGGGGGGUUCAAAAUGUAUUACCUCAGGAUGUCAGUGUACAGGGUAGAAAAAAUGACAUGGAGCACAGCCAGGACCACUCGAGACAGGAAUGCUAUAGCUGAUAAUAUGGGUUUCCAUUUUACAGCGACUUGCGUCAGACAAUCAAAAGAGGUUGGCAUUUGUUCAUUUUGAGUCAGAAUCAGAUGCAUUGAAAUGCCAUUGGACUGUGAGUCUGUCAUGUGUGCUGACCAAAUCCAUUUAAGAUGGCUUACUGAGAUCUCAUGCAGAGGGACUUCAGUAUGGCAUUAAACAUGGCAUUUCUGUUCCGUUGGUUGCAACAGACAUUGGUACACGGUCGACGUUAUACCACCUGUGUGCUACAUAAGGGUGAUUAUGUAAGCCUGCUUAAAGUAAUCAGAUUCGUACUGGCAUAUCAUAUACCACAUACUCUCAAAGUGUACAGAUUCUGGACCGUGUGCACACAAGUAUUUAUGUGAACAAAUCUCUUGCUUACAAAACUAUCUUUUCAAAAGUAACAUGAUUAAAGAGGCCACAGGUGGUGUGAGUAUUCAAAACUGAAAAAUUACAGCAACAACAUCAUACUUGGCAGCAUUCACAGAGGAGCUGGGGAAACGGAAAAUCUGUGUUUUUCAAUGUGAUAUCUUUGGUUGUGAAUUGAUAAUCUGGUGAUGUACAACAAAGCUGUUACUUUUCCAUGUGUUUUUUGUGACUCUAGCAGUAGCAAAUUAAGUACACCUCACAUGUUGGAGCUGCUCGGUAUAGGCAGAUAGUUUGAUCAGCAUCUUAGCAUCAGUAUGAGUGUGCAGUGGACUGAUGUCCUGCCUAAUGUCCUCUCUGCCUCGGCCCAGUGCUGCCAGGAUUGUUUCCAUCUCAUUGAAACACUGAAUUAUGAAAUAAGCGGGUUCAGUAAAUGGGAAGCAUUAUAGGAGAGUCAGGCCUGUCUGUGAAAAUUGAAACAAAAGAAUGAAUACAUUAUCCUAAAUUCAUUCAUUUGAUCAUCACACCAAUUCUUGACUGCAGCAAGUCUUGACAAAAAUAAAAAAAAAAAAAAAAAGUAUAAAUCUUAUCCCAAAAUGUACUUUCCGUAAGCAGUAAAUGGAAAGGAGAUAUGUGAAUGAUGAUAAAAUAUUAAAUAGGUAAAAUGUAAUGCGUCAUUUAAAGGAACCCUUCUGUGUGUAGUAGUUCACAUCACACAAAAUGGCCUCAUUUCAUUUUUGCUGUUUCUACAUUUAGCAAGUGUAUACGCCGCCUUAACAUGCUGCACAAUUUUAUAAACUCACAGAGUGCUUGCACUUUUUGGCUGCUGCCUCAUUUUUGUUCUUUUCACACAAAAACCGCAGCACUUAAUAAUCAUUUUAACCAAGUUGCCUUCCCUGCAAUAUCCCAUAUUUUAGUAGCUUUCCAUACCCUUCACUCCCACCUUUUACUGAUCCCAGUUAAUCUAAUUUAAGGCUUGAGAUGUGCCUAACCCGUCCUGACAGCAUCAGGCACAAGGAAGGAACCAACCUUAGUUCGGGUAUCGGUAUGCUACUAGGAGCACUCUUAUGCACUGUGCCAACCUAACCUGAAUGAUUUUAGUAUUUGGGAGGGAAACAGAGAACCCUAUGAAAAAUGAAACAAACACUAAGAGAAUGUGAAAACUCCAUGAAAAUGGUGAAAAAAGGGCUGGGAUUUGAAUCCUGGUUCUGUGAGGCAGCAGUGCCAAAUACUGCAUCACCAUUACAACCCACAAUCGGGCAGUAUUUUUUCCUUUUACUUUUGUCUUUCCCUGUUAGUAAUUUUUGAUUGUUAUCCAUAAGGAUUAUUUGUUAAGGAAAUGCCAUUUGGCUAGUAUGUAAGCAAAAAGUCUUAAAAUCUACAGUUUAAUUUAAACAGGCUAUCAUGAAAGAGGAUGGGAAUGCAUACACUGCAGUUUUUUUUCACAUAUUAAAAGUUAAAAGCCUCAUUUAAGGUAACCCGAUGUUGUUUUAACAUCACUGUACUAGCUUUUGUUGGCAAUGAAACUAAAACCUUUACAAGCGUCAUUCCCUGACUACUGUGCUUGUGAAUAAUGUAGUGAGAUAAUAAUAUUGUCAGUAAACUUGUAAAACAUGACAUUGAUUGGCUUUCUUUUGCCAGGAAAUACCAACUACAUGGAUGGGUGCCUGGCAAGUAUCUCAAACAAGGAAUAGCUGUCAUUUGGAUGAAUAUUGUCAAGAUGAGUUUAUACGUUAAGUAAAAUAGUCACGGUCCAUGUGGAGUUUACGCAUUGUCCCCUUGUCCAUGUGAAUUUUCUUCAGGUUUUGGUUUUGUCCCAUAUCCCAAACACACACAAUCUUGAUUAGCUUACAAUUUGGAACUGUCACAGUGUAGGCAGAAGUGUGGGACUGCCUGCGACUCUCCUGCACCCUGUAGUGAAAUAAGCGGCUCAGAAAAAGGACAGCGAAAUAUUUAUAGUAAGCAGGGAAGACUCUCCAAAUAUACUCCCACUGUUUGUUUAGAGUCUUUGCCAAGUAACAGUGCCUGGCAGGAUGCAUAACAAGUGUCUCCAAUUAUGAAUGUCCCCAAGCUACUCUAAACACAAUUGGGCGAUCCAGAAAUGUGAUUUCUUCAGUUCCAGUUUCCUGGCUUAUUAGCAUAAAACUUUAAUACUUUGAUGCAAUCACAUUUACGACUGAGCGUCUGUUUGCAGUACAAAACUGUCUUUUGAUGGUAACAAGCCACUCUCUGUUCUAUCGGAUGCUCAAAUUCAGGUGAAACACUUGAUAAUGUUUACUUGUACAGAAUAAUUAUUUAAACGUUAAAUAUUUGGGACGCUAGUUUGCUACCAGGGAUAACUUUACAAAAGAAGAAGAAAAAAAAAAACAAUGGAAAAGAUUUGCUUUGUUUCUGUAAAUGCUAAAAUGUGUUCCCUGGUAUUAAAAAUGGCAGCUCUUUUAAUCCAAAGGCAAGGAGUUUGUCAAUGUUGGUAUUUUUAUUGUCUUUUUUUUAAAAUAAAUAUUAAAGUGUGAAUGAAUGUUUUUACAUUUUUCAAAUUUUAAAUUAUGUGUUUCUUCAAAAGUGCAUCACAGACUGACUGUGCUGUUUAUAGCCUCAAAUCCAAAAAAUGUACAGGUUUUUGUGUCAAAUGGUUUGGUUAUUUCUCUAAUGCAUAUAUACAUUAUGCUGUAUACCUGCUGUCAAAUAAAAAGGAAAAAAAUG